UCGCGCCCUCCGUAUCGCUCGUUACCGUCGCUCAUUACCUACGCCUAUGAUUCCUUAAUUCGUCAAGCUUUUCAGACUAGCCCGAGGACCUCGAGACGCUACUUCUGGCCUACAUCAGCGCUGUAGUUGUCACGAUGCCGUCUUUCCUCAGAAACCUUGGUAGAAAGAGCAGCCGCAUGUCCAAGAGCGGCGACCGGCCAACAACCAGUGCAGAGGGUCAGAAUGCCAAUGGUAUAAACCGCCGUGUUUCCGCCUCUACUCUAGACUCGUCCCAAGUCGGCUCGUCGACGCCUUCUACCACCCCAGCCACCUCUACCACAGACGAAAUCAACACCCAAACCAAAGACCUUACCAAUGGCCCCACGCCUGCGCCUGCGCGACCUCAGCGACCGACUGUCGACCCCGUAAAACGCUACAGCAUCAAUGGCUUAGCAUCGCCAACCUCGAACGGCUCCAACAGCUCGUUCAAUAGAUCUUCGCUACUCGCGCCGCGCGUCUUGUCUGUCUCGGAUAACUCAUGGGUACACCAACAGGUACUGCUGAUAUUUGGUCAGGUUGGGGAGACACAGAGCAAACCGUUGGACGGCACACUCACGGUUAAUCACCAUCAGGGCCGCUUCCCAUCUACUUGCUGGCCAGUACACGAUUCCCACUUCAAGGCCUUGGUGCAUCUUGAGCCUGGCUGGAACAGGAUCCGACUUGACUUUGCCUCGCCCAAGGUCUCUACGCCAAACACCUCCGUACCUGCUCAUGCCUCCUUCAUCAACAUAAACUACCUCCCUUUGUCGCAUUCGCCGCCCUUACAACUUGCAAUCAUAUUGGGUCAUGACUCCCCAGGUACAUAUGACGCCCCACCUGAGCGUAUCCAGCGAGAGGGAAACAACCUUGACCUUGCGACCAAGAAAUUCCGCAUGGCUGCAUACCUUUGGCAGGCCUUCACUGGCGAGCAGAUGAAGCGUUAUGGAUUCGGUCGACGCUGUUUCCGUUUCGAAGACGCCUGGGAGCCUGGAACGCUAAGUUAUCAAGAUUGGGAACAGAAUCAAUACCGCACGCAGGCAAAGAUUCACGUCAUCCGCUCCAGAAAAUCUGUCGCAGAGAUACGCGAUCUGCAACGCGCCCAGCAGUACGGUCCGGGGACGAAGAAAAAUGAACUUUUCGACAUUGCCAUCGAGGCAUGCAGAGAUUACUUCCCCAUGGUACCAGGCCAAAAGCAUUACGUCUCCUGCCUGUUUCUUGACACGCAUUGGGACACGCAAGAGAAGACAGUUCGAGGACAUGCGGCUUUAGGUGGAGGAACUGGAGAUCUACAACUGGCCAUUUUCGGUUCCCACGCGCUUCACAGCUACCCAUCGAGCAUUGAAGAGGUUUUCCAGGCUUUCCAGGACUGCACCAAAACCGACACUGCAUUCGUCGCGAAUGACUGCAACGAAUCUGGAAGCAACUGGGAAGCUGCUAACAUAGGAAUUGGUGCCCAUCUCCACGAGACGGGGCAUCUCUUCGGUUGUCCUCAUCAGGAGUCGGGUGUCAUGUUACGUGACUACGUUACGUUAAACCGCACCUUCACAUGUCGAGAGCCCUACUCAACACGCACCAAGUCACCUGGUCAGCGGCUAGUCUUGCCAAACGAUGAAUGCAGAUGGCACAAAUUAGACGUACUACGUUUCCGAUUCCAUCCUUGCUUCCGCAUACCUAUCGACAACCCAAAUAUCAACGGAGAUGGCAGUGUGCAAGUGUGGACGGUUGACGUUGGCCAAGGUGGCGUCAUCGCGACCUCGAAAUCGGGCAUCGCUUGGGCUGAGCUGUACACAGAAGGAGACGAUGUCUGUCAUUACUGGAAAGAGUUUCCUGAACAAGACAACCAAUACCCACGACAGGUUACACUGGAAGAAAGCACCCUGCGUGCCUUGCUACCGAAAGAAAAACAAAAGUCACGCCUCAAGCUCGAGGUGUACUCCGCUGGUGGAGGCAAGCACGUUGUUGAAGAUUUCAGUCAGCUCUCAAACCAGAAGAAUGCACGCAUCAAGAUACCGGACGGCCGAUGGGGCUACCGUGGGGGCAAACUAGGUUACUCACAAAUGGAGGGUUCACAGCCGCAGGAAGUGAUUUUCGAUUACGUCCACAUUCAGACCAAGCUUUUACUUAGCAUCAAAGUGUACCAUGGUUCCGCCAUGGAUGGAUUGGAGUUUGUGUACGAAGAUACGGACACCCAACUCUUCGGCAAGCGAGGAGGCAGUAUGUCUGAGUUUGCACUAGAUACGCGAAAAGGAGAGCUGUUGCUGGGCUUUUCUCUGCGUGCCGGACUAUGGAUCGACGGUCUACAGAUACUAACAAGCUUGGGACGGAAGAGCGAGUGGUAUGGAAACCCGAAUGGCGGCAGCGGGCAUACGCUUAUCCCUCCCCGUGGCUACACCAUCGGUGGUCUAUCCGGUUCUUGCGCACAAUGGCUCGACGGGUUUUCGCUGAUUAUCACGCGGUGAUUGCGCUAGUGUAACUUUUCAUAUCUUGCCUGGUUCUGUUUGCGGCCAUUAUGUUACCUACAUCAGAACAGACAGUUCGGCCGUCGAGUAGCUACCACCAGACACUACAUGCUGCGUCACUAUUGUCCUGAAUGAAGUUUCUGGACAAGCUGACUUGAUUACUGGGAGCGGAGCAUCCCCUUUGGCAUGUUUGCACACCUCUAGCUGCUUUGGGCGAACAAACUUGAUUCGCAGAUUUACAAUCAUGAUACCACAGUCAUUGAGCUUGACUUUCUUUGUAACA